AUGGGGCAACACCACACCCCUAACCCGACACCUCCACCAUCCACCUCCCACCCCGCCCCCUCAACCCCCUCCCCCUCCUCCUCAAACGCACCACCGCAAUCUCCAUCACAACCACCACCACCAACCCCCGGCCUCCCCUUCUGGGAACAACGGCGCGCCGCCUGGACCGCCAACCACACGCCAUACACGGAGAACCCCGCCCCCGUGACGGACCAGUGGAUCAGAGAUAACCCGGCGCUGGCGGAUGUGGAUGCGACGGCGUAUGAUGCGAUUUAUGCGGCGCUUGUGGAGGGGAGGAGGUUUGCGAGGAGGACGCCGUUGCCGUUUGUUACUUCUGUGCUGGUCCACGGAUGGAAAAAGGAAGGUCUCUGGGCACCCGCAACAGGGAUAGGAGGAUCGAACAGUAAUCCGUACCCGCUCGCCGACUCGAAUAGCAAUUCGCAGAACGUCUCUUCUGGUGUCAUUUCUGGGCAGCGGCAGUGA